GGUGCUGAGGCGGGGUCCGGGGCUUCUCGGGUCUGCUGAGCUCUCCGGUGGGCUGCCGACCGCGCGGCGAGUGGGGACGCGAGCCAUGGAGGAGACGCCGCCCCCGCCGCUGGGCUGCAACAAGCCUCACCUGGAGAAGCUGACGCUUGGCAUCACCCGCAUCCUAGAAUCUUCUCCAGGUGUGACAGAAGUAACCAUCAUAGAAAAGGCACCUGCUGAACGUCAUAUGAUUUCUUCAUGGGAACAAAAAAAUGACUGUAUGAUGCCUGAGGAUAUGAAGAACUUUUACCUGAUGACCAACGGCUUCCACAUGACCUGGAGUGUGAAGCUAGAUGAGCACAUCAUUCCACUGGGCAACAUGGCAAUUAACAGCAUCUCAAAACUAACUGAGCUCAACCAGUCUUCUGUGUAUUCACUUCCUAGCGCACCGACUCUGGCAGACCUGGAGGACGAUACAUAUGAAGCCAGUGAGGACCAGCCAGAGAAGCCUCAUUUUGACUCUCGAAGUGUAAUAUUUGAACUGGACUCAUGCAAUGGUAAUGGAAAGGUUUGCCUUGUCUACAAAACUGGGAAACCAGCAUUAGCACAAGACACUGAAAUCUGGUUCCUGGACAGAGCAUUAUAUUGGCAUUUCCUCACAGAUACUUUUACUGCCUAUUAUCGCCUGCUUAUCACCCACCUGGGCCUGCCCCAAUGGCAGUAUGCCUUCACCAGCUAUGGUAUUAGCCCACAGGCCAAGCAGUGGUUCAGCUUGUUUAAGCCCAUCACCUACAACACAGACCUGCUCACGGGAGAGACUGACUCCUUCAUGAACAAGCUGGAUCCAAGCAAAGUGUUUAAGACCAAGAACAAGACUGUAAUCCCAAAGAAGAAAGGGCCUGUUCAGCCAGCAGGGGGCCAGAAAGGGCCCUCAGCUCCUCCUGCCCCUAAACCCUCAUCAAGUUCUGCAAACCCUAUCCGCAAAUGAGCACCAUCUCUGCCUCUCCACCAGUCCCACAGUAGUGAUUUCUAUGCACAGAUGGCCCCAUGGGGGUCACAACCUGAUUCUGUGUAAUUGUAAGCAUCUUACAGAGUGGCCAAAAUCUUCCUGCUGACAGUAGCUGGGAACUAGAGGGGCAUAUGUACUGGGUUUUACCCAUGCAUCCUUCCCUUUUGCUCUUCCUAGUGGGUUGUGCCAGCCUCUGCCUCCAAAAGCUGUAGAGAAUUUUAGAUCUUAAGUGGCCAGAGAAAUCUCUUAAGAACUUUCCUUUGUUUGCAUACCUGACCUUCAGUCUCUCAGCAGUAAUAAGAAACCACUGGUUUUUGACACUGGAACUGCACAGUUGAGUAAGUAGCCACCAGUCACAUGUGGCUAUUUAAAUUACAUGUAAAAUUCGUGUCCUCAGUUGCCUUUAUAUUUCAAGAAUUCACAUGGCUAGCAGAUUCCAUAAUGGACAGUAUAGAGAUAUGAAAUGUUUCUAUCAUUACAGAAAGUUACUUUGAACAUCACUAUAUUAUUUUCAUACCGCUCUUCUUCAAACCAGUUAAUUUUUGUUGUUAGAUAAUAAUGCCUUAACUUCAUGGGUUGUAAUGUUUCAUGAAAACUUUGAGUCUAUAAUUGUAUAUUCUUCAUAUUGUUUACCAGGAACAUAUUUCACUAUUCUCAUUUUUCAUUUUCCUAUAAACUUCCUCAUUAGUUCCCUGUAAUUUUUAUUUUAUUUUAUUUUAUUUAUUUAUUUAUUUUGCUUUUAGUUCUGUUGUGAUGUUCAUUCAUUUGCCAAAAUGUAUUUUAAGGAGACAUGUACUCCUGGUACACUUUUUUCUAACCAUUUAAACACGAAAAGAGAAAACACACUCCAGUGCUGUUUUGUAGCCUCCCAGAGUUUUGCUGAAGCAAGUUGCUGAACGGAAGCACUGCGCCUUCUGUGCCUGUUCUCAGCUCUGAGACAUCUGUCCCACUUUGUCUCGUCCUGGGCCAUCCUUUAGAGAGGCAGGCCCUGGCUUAGAUCAGAAUGGAGUUCUGAGAGUUUCUUUGAAAGAAUUUUAUAAUUCAGAAAUCAUUUUCCUAUGGAUGUAUAGGGAAACUAGGCAUCUAUCUAGCUGGCCCCAUAUGCCUAGUUUCUUUCUUUCUUUUUUUCUUCCUUUCUUUCUUUUAAUCUGUGGUAUUGGUGAUCAGACUGAAUUACAUCUUUUUGAGACAAGGUCUCACUAAAUGGCCCAGGCAGAACUAGAAUUUGUGAUCUUCCUGCUUUAGCCUCCCAAUUGCUGGGAUUUCAGGCAUGUGCUGCCACACUUAGCUUAUGUCUAAUAUUUGUUGCAAGAUCACUUUGAAUUUACCUGCUACAUCGAAUGGAAUUUCUGUACAGCAAGUUGGUUGUGUUUGCAAUUAUGAAUGGCUGUUUCCUCACUGGCCCAUCACUGGGCAGAAACAAAACUUUCUCUGUACUUCCUAACAGGGAUAGUGCGGAGUCACCUACUACCAGCAGGGAUAGUAGGGAGCCCUUGAGUGGCUUCGAUUUUUGUAUUGAAAUACCCGAGUCUGGGGGAGAAAGAGCCCAGAGGAGUGAAGCUCAGAGACCCGUAUCAGCUGCACACCUCGGUUCCAACUCACUUUCAUUCUCAUUUGUGAUUUCUUUCUUCUGCGGUGAUUGUCCAGGCUUCCUUAUACAAUUUUCCAGGACUUCCUUUUUCUGUAACUCACUAGAGACAUUAAAAGAAGUUCCUGAGUUUCUGUACCUGCAACUGACUCUGAUACCACUUGAAUAUUUAUCAAAUGUUUCAAUUCUUGGUUUGUUAGCUACAGUGAUACUCAUGGGGGAGCUUGAGUCUUCCCCUCGUUCUGCCACUUUUCAUAGCCUCUGAGGAAAACCAGGGGAAAGAAUUGGCUUUCAAGGAUUGUCUCAGACAAUCCUUGGUUGCUUGCUCAUUUUUGUAAUAGUUCAAAGUUUUGAAACAUUAGUGCUUAAAAGUCUUUGGACUUCGGGAGCAUAAACAGAGCUUCAUGUUUUCAUUCAGUUGCUUUAAAAUAUGUCAGUACAUCAGUCAUUCUGGUUCACUUCUAAUGGGAAUGUUGAAAAUGGCACCUCUUUGCUGUUACAAAACCAUUUUUAAUUCACCCUGGUCAUUUAAACAUUUUUGAAUGUUUUCAACAAUGAUAUGACUGUCAGAUUUUUCCUAAUUUGGGAGCUAUUCCAGCCCUUUUAAUUGUUUAGGUUAUUACAGUUCAAGCAUUUACAAAAAUGCAACAUUCAAGGAAGAAACAAAAGAAAUAGGAUUUGACUGCUUCUCCAAGACAAGUCAAGGUUGAAAGGGGGUCAACAAGUCAUGUUAUUUUCCAUUGCAGCCAGUCACUUUCAGUUAGUAUGCAAGGAGCCCAUGAAUUUAUUUUGGUCUCGUUCUGGAGUCCACAAGUGAAGCAGGAGAGCAAUGGUUCCCAUUAGAACAGUGAUAAUCAGCAGGAGUCCUCACAAGACUAUCAGGCCAGGCUAGAGAUCUGCCUCAAGGAACAGAGCCUCGAAAAGCAGGGCCAAUUUCAAAGUACACAGAACUCAGCAAAAUUGAAGAUGUGGGCCUCUUGUACAAAAACAGGAAAACAGUUCAAUGUAGUGGCAUAUACCUGUAAUGGAGGUUGCUGGGGAGGAUCACAAUUGGAAACCCAGACUAGGCAACAUAAUGAGAUCCCCCCUAUCUUUUUUUAAAAAAAAAAAAAAGGCUAAGGAUUUAGCUCAGUGUCACAAAUGCCUGCCUGGCAAGAGCAAGGUCAUGAGUUUGAUCCCUGAUUCCAAAACAACAAAAUAGUAACACAAAAACAGUACCACUAAAAGUACUAAAAUGUUCUUUCUUCUAUGGUCUGUUUUAUAGUUACUCAUGGCAAGGUUUUCUGCUUGCUACGUAAAACUUUUAAGCAGAGAAAACUUGAAUUUUUUUAUAUUAUUAAAUGCAUUUUACCAUUGUGCAGUUUGUUUAAAAAUAUAAAUGCAUUAACUCGUGCAACAUCACCAGGAUUAUACAGUUUAUACUUUAUAGCUUAUGUAUGCAUACAGUAUGCCUGUGUAUUUGAUUCUUACUAGAAUAGUAGAAAACUUGCACUAAAUUUGAUUAGCUGUUAUUUCACCUUUUGAUGUGUGUAUAUCUUACCAAUCUACCCAACUUCUAGUUUAUUGUUGGGUAAGAAAAGACUAAAAACAAAAAGAUGUAUGGACUGCCCUGUUUUCUUUUUCUUCUGUGCUGUUCUUUUCAGCAUUAGUAGUUGGCUAAUACAGAAAAAUAAAAUGAGUAAGAAAUGAUAGGAUAGGGUUCCUCAAUGUUUUGCCUUUCUAGAAGGUGCCUUGCUUCUGAAUGGGCUCAGUACAGCAUGUAUUCAGUUAGAGGCAUAACAUGUUUGCCUUGUACUGAUCUUGACUGACCUCUGCCACAUCAUGGGUCCAGUGGAUUCUGACGCUCACAAAAGCUGUAAUGCAUGGAACACUCAGAAACAGUGGAUACACAUGUCCUGUGCUCAUGUCUGUGACUUACAGAACAUAAAUGCAAGGAUAAAAUUGAGUUCUAGUACUCUGACAGAGCAAUGAAUCAAUGGGAGGCCCCCCAAGUGCGCAGCCCUUUGUAACUGCAUGGGGUCACCCACCUGUGAAGCUGGCCCUGUGCUUUUGGCAAAAGUUGUAACAACAUGGGAGUCAAAUGAGUGGCCUGGGGAAGAAACCCCGUGAGAUUUGUUUGGUAACUAAAGCAACAGAAGUGGGCUCCAUAGACACUAUGUUGGAAUUACAAAGAGAAUCAGUGGCAGAGUGUUUCACAAUGUGUUGAUCUCAUUAAGAUUGUACAUAAAACACUGUCAUCAUUCAGCUUGCAGGGAGGUAAUCAAGCCAAAGAUAGGAAUGAAAAGUCAAAGCUUGCAUGUGACAGCCCGUAGAAUUGAUUCCUUAUGGCUGUGCUCUUAAAACUUCCAAACAUGGAGCAGUGGCACUGGACUCAGAUGCCCAGAUCCCACACCAGACCUACUAACUUAAAAUUGCCAGGAACAGUUCCAGGUACCAGGAAUUUUAAUCAACUAAUGAUGACAGUGGUGCUUAUCAAGUCCAAAAUUUGCUAGAGUAUCAGAUAGUUGUGCCUUUUAUUUCAUAGAGAAUUCAAAACUUUUAAUCCAGUAAGUCUUAUAUAAUGACUGGCAUAGAAAGACCAAGUGACCUUUUUAAAAUUUCUACAUGAUGUAUUUUUUCUAAGCUUUUAAUUAAACACAAAGAUGAGUAUAAGAGUAUAAUUAAUCCCCUGUAUCCAUCAUCCAAUUUCAAGUUUUCAACUCAUGGCCAAUCAUGUUUUGUCUAUAUACUUAAGUCCUUCAACUUUAUUUUGAUUUUUCAAAAUUAGCUCCAGUGUACUGGAUUUUGAGCUAUAUUUGCUUUAGAUUUUCACAGUUGCACUAGAGGUUAUAAUGUAACCAAAAUAAUAGCCACUCACAUACUGUAUAGGGUCCUUGGCAGCAUUAUUUGUACAGUAUAACUCUGGCCGUUUCAUUACAAUUGACUGGACUCCAGGUGGGGAACUAUCUGUGUUACCUGUGCUAUUUCCCAUAGUAUUCUGUGAUGAAUUUCUUCCUUUGGCUUAAGCUAACAAAUUGUUUUUCAGCCAAGCAUUCUCUUGUAAAAUACACAGCCUCUAUUAUGGAGUUCAUUGUGGCCACUACAUGAGCCAAUACAUAAGAACUCAGAAAAUGUAGUGUUAACGUUAUCCAUUCUUCCUUUAUGAUGUGAUUCCAAACUUUGUUUGCAAUUACUUUCUACAUGACCCAUCCAGCUCUACUCUUCUCAGACAUUCCCUUCUUUUCCAGAACACCAACUGGGUUUUCUUGCUCCUUUACACCUGUAGUUUCCUUCUGAGGUUCACCUUUAAUUUACCUCUACCUCACAGCUCCAUGAAGCUCCAGCCCACAGGGAGAGCCUGCUGUGAGUACUUCAUGUCAGUACCACUUGGUUAACUUUGGUCAUCUUAUCUUGUUUCUUGUAUGACUUCAAUCACUGUUAUGUUGGAGUCUGUUACUCUAGAAAGCCAUCCUACUUGGUGUGGAAUUCUAUGAACUAUUAAAAAGGGUCAGGUACAUAUAAUUUUAUACUAAAUUAAAGCUGCCUCAUACUUCAGGACAAAUAAAAAAAGCAAAAUUAAUAAGUUGUGAAGAUGCUGUGUAAACGUUUAUACAAGUUGGGAAGACAGGGCCACUGCUUUAUUCUGGAGGCAGAAAUACCUUAGUUCAGUUCACAGACUGUCUCUGUCAGAUGCCAUAAUGAAAUACAUUAUCAGUUAAGAUGUUUUGACAUCAAAGUAUCACCAAGACUGCCUCAUGCCAUGCUUACGGGCUGCGACUUGAAAACCUUUAUCAGAUCCUCAUUUGUGGUUUUGGAAAUAGGGUCUUUAUACAUUCUUAUGCUUCCUAUAGCACCUAGCACCCAUGCCUUGUCCAGUAUCAAUUCUUGACAUACAUAGGAAGCAAAAUGAUUCAGAUACUUAGCUGGAUGUUUUCAAUGUCCAGCCAGUUUGCCCCACCUGGAUUGGGAGCAGGCCUUCCCAUAGUAAGGGUCAAAGUAGUGUGGAGCAGCCAGAGGGUGACAUGGUAGAAACAAAUCAACAAGGCAAACCAGGUUCACCCUGGUUCAUUCUCACCACUACUGCAACAAGCCAAGAUACGUCACUUUCCAUUCUAUGACCUUAGGGAAAUCUGUCUCAUUCAAUUUCUUUAAAUGAAAAUGUAGAAUGACCAUAAGGACUCUAUUAAAUAAUACACAUCAAAUGUUCACAAAGAUACACUUUUGAUAAAUAUUUUAACUAUUCUGAAGUCACUUGGAGUUACCUAGCCAAGAACUGAUUUUUCUACCAAAUAUUUUUUUCAACAAAAUUUACGUGUUUUAACACAAACCUUCAUUGUAACUCCAGACAUUUCAACCUUUAGGCAAUUGGUGUUUCUGUUUCUACUUGCCUCUCUGAUAAAAUAUUUUCUGAUAACAAACCAGAAAACCAGAAAUAGAUGCAGAAUGGGUGAUAAGUUUUUAAUCUUUAAAAUUUAGAUGAGGGCCAGGAAUACAGCUCAGUGGCACAGUGCCUGCCUGGCAAGUACAAGGUUGUGAGUUUGAUUCCUGGUACCUCGAUACCAAAAAAAAAAAAAAAAAAAAAUUUUAGAUGAUUACUACCUCCGCUAGCUCCUGGUAAUCUUCCCUAAGGGAUCAUGGCUGUCUUUUUCCCAGCUGACUUCCCAGGCUUGGCACAAUUUCCUCCUUUAUUGGCUCUCAGAGCUUAUUUAUUGUGGUUGUGUAGCUUCUUAGAACUACAUUAUUGCUUGAAUAAAAAAUGACCUGCAGAGGUUUCAUGCACUCAUAGGUAGGGCUUUUGGAAGGUGUGUACACCAUGGAGGCAACAUAGCUAACUCACUGUGAGGAGGUGGGGUCUGGUCUGGGGGGCUGGGCUGCAAGUACGGAUCUCCCUUCCUGGCUCCUCCCUCCUCACCCUGCUUCCUGGCCACCAUGAGAUGUGAGCUGCCUUCCCGGCUAUGCCAUGUCUGCCUUAGAGCCAGCCAACCACUCAAUGUAACUACAAGCCAAAAUAAACCUCUCCUCCUUGCAA